GGCAACAUUGAGGAGGAUCGCACAUCUUCUUGCACAGUGUCUUCUUGAGGGCGAUUGACUCUUAUAUGUCAGACGACCCUAGAUCUGAGACAGUUAUCGGUCCCCCAAGAGGGGAAGGUCCGGUCCCAUACCUCGGAGAUGGCUAUAGUCAUUUGGUCGGGACGGACUUUGCYAUGCAGGCUUAUCGAAAGCCUCUUUACGGAGAUCGCUUUCUCGAGGUUUCCUACAUCUACUWUGGUGGGAGAGGACGUAUUGAGAUAUUGAUUGGAGCUUCAGGCGACAUCAUUCUUGCGGAGGAGCUUUAUCUCAGGAGCGUCGCAGAUGAGGAGAUGGCCARAUGCAUGGAUUAUAUCUGCAAGAUUGAUCCAGCAGCACCUCUCGAYAUCAGCUAUGUGGUUCCAGAGUCUAUAGCCACGCGAGUUCUCAAUGACGAGGCGCCAGAUAUAAUGACGCCAAUGUCGGGUAGCAUAAACUACUGCGAGAACCUCACGUUCAUCAACAAAGUAGUUUAUUUCGGCAAGCAGUAUCUGACAGGAGUAGAAAGCGAUUGGGCAAUCCCCAACACGAGCCUCGACAGUGUCGUGAUUUGCGAUGGUCCGGGAAAGCACAUCAUGGUGGAUACAUUCCCGCAGGCAGAAUAUGUGUUCAACGAUUGGAAAGUCAUGCAGAAGUCUUGGAUAAAGCCUGAGAAUGUUGACCCCUUGGUUUCUGUGCGCGACCCUUUUAAUUGCAUUCCAUUUGACGUACUGUACCUCAUCCAUUGCCUUCUUCAUAAAGGGGUGAUCAAUGAAGGAGGCUUAACGGCUGAGUUCUUUGCACUGCUCCGUCCGACCCGGACACCGCCUGCAAUCAGUAUUCAUGUUCUUCGUAUGCUCUUGGAUAAGAAGGAUGUCUUCAAGCCAGCAGUUGAUUUCUUGGAGAUGGUCGAACGCAUCAACAGGGACGGGCCUUCGGUGGGUCAUCCCGAUGCGGGUCUUCAAGACAGCAAAGUGAACGUCCGUCGUGUGAUCAUCACUCCAACACGUGGAUAUUGCAUGCCACCUGAGAUUGAGUAUUCGAACAGAGUUACCCGGAAGUUCCAUGCGCACUCUGAUAGAUUUAUCCGAGUUUUGUUUCGUGACGAGGCUUCAGAGAAGUACAUGCCAGGCACUCUUCUUAUAUCGCCAUUUGGCAGCAGAGGAAGGGAGAAAUCUCGCAGAUACACUAAAAUAUACGAGCGUCUUCUCAAGCUGAUGUUGGAGGGAUUUACUCUCUGUGGUCGGCACUAUGAUUUCUUGGCCUAUUCUGCAAACCAGCUCAGGGACAGGUCUGCUUGGUUCUUUGCAUCCGACCCCACUGCUGGGAUAACUGCAAAGGACAUUCAGGAAUCCAUAGGCGACUUCUCAGGAAUUCAGAAUGUUGCCAAGUGCGCAGCGCGAGUUGGCCAGUGUUUCUCCUCUGUGAUAUAUGCCCACAGAGUGGCACCCUGGGAAGUUUCUAAGAGCACUAGCCCCUAUACCCAGGAACAGCAAGAGAAGAUGGCCGCCCUAGUGAGAGAGAACAAGGAAAGGAAAGAGUUCCUGAAGCAGGCGAAGUUGAAAGUAAUCGCAGAGGAGCAGGUGGCGAAAAUGAAGAAACUGGAGGAGGAGAUGGAGGGAAAGAAAAAGGCUGCUGAGGUAGAAGCAGCAGCAGAAGCAGAAGAGGAGAGGAAACACAGGGAAGUAAAAGGGGAUAGUAGUGGCACGACGAAAGAGGAUGCAGCAAUGGAGAAGAAGAUUAGUGAGUGGAUUGCUAACUUAUCGUUGGGGGAAGACGAAGAGGCACAGUUCUAUGUGCCACAGGAUGAGAGGGAUGCAUUAGCCAGUGCGCUAGCAACAACCGAGGAACCCCUGGAACGGCAAGAAGUAGAGGAGGAGAGAAGUUGGAGUGGAAACUGAGGAUGAAGAGGGAAAAUAAAAGGAGGGAGGAAGUUAAUAGGUUGACCGCGGAGGCGGCAAAGGUGAGAGAUUGUAGGUAGGAGGUGCAGGCGCAAACAAACAUCUCUGCCAAAA